CAAUGCUUUCAUGCAUUUCACAUUAAAUGGCUCUCAUUUAGGCUCACUUGAUAAUAUUGGACUUGAUUCAGUUGAAAUUCUGUAUCUUUUCCCAAAUGUCCCUCUCUCUUGCACGCACAGAGCCUGCAAUCGUCAGGAAACUUACUGUGUCUGAAAUCAGAACAUCCUCUGUGUCUCUGAGCUGGACUGAACCAGAGGGAAACAGAUCCUUCUAUAUAGUACAGUGGACUGAUGGCAGUGACAUUGGCAGUAAGAAUACCACAGAAACCUCCACUACCAUCACUGGGCUGACUGCUGGAGUGAGGUACACAUUCAGAGUCACUGCAGUGGCUGGAGAUAAUACAACUGUAGGAGAAGGCAGUGAAACAACCACUUUUACAAAGCCCGCAAUCAUCAGGAACCAUACUGUCUCUGAAAUCACAACAUCAUCUAUGUCUCUGAGCUGGACUGAACCAGAGGGAAAUAGCUCCUUCUAUAGAGUAGAGUGGACUGAUGGCAGUAAAACUAUGAAUACAAGUACACAUGAGACAGCCUUCAACAUCAAUGAACUGACUGCCGGAGUUUGGUACACAUUCAGAGUCACUGCAGUGGCUGGAGAUAACAUGACGGAAGGAGUUGCUUAUGUAACAAAUCAAGCCACAAGUAAGUCUCACUGAAAAUUGCUUUAUGCAGAUUUUUUUUGCCUCAAACUGAGCUGGAAACUAACCUCAAACAUCAGAUGACUCUUCUCUGGCGUUUCUCUGCCUUUCUCGAUUGUUCUCUUCACCGACAUCCUUCUCUUUCGCUCCCCUCUUUCUCUCCCCCUCUACUCCUCUUUCACAAACAGAACCUGCUGUCAUCGCAACCCCUACUGUCAUUCAGACCACCACGUCGCUCUCUCUGAGCUGGACCAAGCCUACAGGAGAGGCAGCAAGCUACAGGGUAGAGUUUCAUAACAGUGGAACAGGGAAGGACCAACUUACAUCCACAACCUCUGCCAUCAUACAGAACCUGACCCAAGGGACCCAGUACACACUCCAGGUCAUUGCCAUCGCCCAGGACAAGAUAACAGAAGGCGACCCUCGCACAGUAUACGUAUACACAAAGCCCGGAGUUGUCGGCAACCUCAGUGUGAUUGGAACCACAACAUCGUCUGUGUAUCUGAGCUGGACUCAACCAAAGGGAAACAGUUCAUUCUAUAGAGUAGAGGGGACUGGUGUCAGUAUGAAUACCACAGAAACCUCCACUACCAUCACUGGGCUGACUGCUGGAGUGCAGUACAGCUUCACAGUCACUGCAGUGGCUGGAGAUAAAACAACUGUAGGAGAAGGCAAUACAACAACCACUUUUACAAACCCUAAACAACCUGGGAACAUUGUGGCUACGGGACCAGGGACCAGUCAGCUGAAAGUGACCUGGACCUUGCCUGGAGGGAGCGUGGACCAAUACAAUGUGAACAUCUCUAAUGCUGCUUUAAGCUAUACAUCCAGUCAAACCACACAGACCACAAUGGCCAGCUUCACUGGGCUACAGUCAGGGAGGGUCUAUGAGGUCACAGUGACUGCUGUAGCUGGACAAUUCCGUAACCAGUCUGCUACGGGCCAGUUAGCCACUGUACCCAACCCACCUGGACCCCUCAACAUCACAGAGAGGACAACCAGCUCCCUCUCUGUCCAAUGGAAAACCCCUGGUCUAAUGACUGGUGCGCCGGGCAUCUCCUAUAACAUUAGCUACCAUUCCACUGGGACUGGAGCAAGCGGCCAGUCUACCUCUAGUCUCAGACAUAACCUGCUCUCUUUGUCCUCUGGAACGCUCUACACCAUCACCGUGAUAACCGUGGGACCACAGGAUCUGGGAAGCGCCCCUGUUAAUACAUCUGGAUAUACUUUGCCAAAACCAGUGGUGAGCCUCACAGCGAGCCCGUUGUCCACCUCCUCAGUGAAGCUACGGUGGACAGACCCUGUGGAUGUUAAGUCCUACUACUCCUACAGAGUCCAGUACAGCAACGCUACAGGCCCUGUUGGAGAGAAAACAGUCAAUACAAGCUUCGCGGACGUCCCUGGCCUAGAACCUGGGACUGGCUAUACCUUCACUGUUACAACAGUAGCAGCAGCGGGAAGCGAYGGAAUUUCAGAACACACGUUCAGCUACACAAAGCCCAAGGCGGUCAGUAACCUCGUGGUCAAGGAUCUGAACACAACCGCUAUCAAGCUUUCCUGGUCCAAACAGGAUGACCACAAACCCACCUACUCCUAUCUGGUGACUGUCUCCAAGAGGGGUUCUAUGGUUGCGAACGUGUCAACCACGGUCGAGAGCUACACCUUCACCCAUCUCCAGCCUGGGGACAGUUACACCUUCUCUGUGGUCACGGUCGUCCAGGGGGUUAAGUCUGACUCAGUAGAGACGUCUAGCUACACAAAACCUGGGGUGGUGACGAACAUCGUCACAACAGGAACAACCACCACAAUGAAUGUGACCUGGGAUGCCCCUGUGGGACAGGUGGACUCCUACACCGUCACAAUCUACAACGACAACGUGAUGGAAAACAGCCACACCAUUUCCAAUGACUCUCUAGAAUUAGUGUUCCAAAACCUGAAACCAGGGAAAGUCUAUGUUGUCAGAGUGGUCACCAACAGUGGACCGCUCACUGAGGCAUCACUGAAUGUAACAAAUGCAACGUAUCCCAACCCUCCCGGAACCCAGAUGGUGGAGGACCAGACCACUGGUUCCAUCAACAUCAGCUGGGCCCGGCCCCUGGACAUGGACCUGGRUCAGUACCGGUUCUCUGUGUUCUACCUGGGCCAGCAUAACCUGACAGAACACAACUGGAUCCUCCUGGAGAACCUCCAGUCUGGAACACUCUACAACAUCACUGUGGUAACCGUAGGGCCGUUGGACUACCAGAGCACAGCGGUGACGACAGUCAACUAUACCAGGCCCCACUCUGUGAGCGGGCUGACAGAGGCAGGAAUCACCCCUACCGAUGUGACUCUAGUCUGGGAUCAGCCGGAGAACAAAGAUGGCUACUCCUUCAAGGUGGAGGUAACCUACCCCAACGGGUCCCUUUUCAUCUCCGUCACUGUCAACAACACCAAAAGAAUUGUCACCGGACUACAGUCGGGGAGCAACUACACCUUUACCGUGACAACGCUCACAGAGGAUGGCACCAUGGCAACCCCUGUGAAAGUGUUCUAUUACACAAGACCAUAUCCCAUUAGUGGGUUGUUGGCGCCUACAGUAAACGCAACUGGUGUACGUCUGACCUGGACCAAGCCACCUCAGUACCAGAGUGGUUACACAUACCGUAUCCAGACCGAGGGGUGCGUGUCUACUCCCACAAACCACACAGUGACAGGAGAGGAGGCCGUCAUUCCAGAACUCACACCAGGAACCAAUUGCACCUUCCGUGUUUCCGUCAAGGCACAGGACGGUAUAGAGGGAGGCACCGUCUCAAUCUUUCAGUACACAGAGCCUGAGUCUGUCCAGCCAUCCAUCUCCAACAACGGUAGCACCAAUACCAUGGUGGUGAGCUGGGCGGCACCACCAGGGAAUGUGGGGCAGUAUGUGGUCCAUCUGAACAGCACUGACCAGGUCUUUACCCCCGUAUGGCUGAACUCCAACCAGCAGACACACACCUUCAGUUACCUGUCAGCUGGGAGAGAGUACACAGCCGUGGUGACCACUAUCAGUGGUCCCUUCAAUGAAACAUCAGGACCUGUAACUACAGCAACUCAACCCAACCCGCCUGGGCCCAUCAUGAUCUUGGAGAAGACUACUAGUUCCGUCACUGUGGAGUGGGGUGAAGCUCCUCUGAUGGCCAACACCACCUUCAGUUACCUGGUGAAGUACCUGUCGACGCAGCUAGACAACAAGACGGUCACUACUACAAACACAAGUCAAACACUGCCCAGCCUGUCCUCUGGAACACCCUACAAUAUGUCUGUGGUUACAGUGGGAGUGCUAGGCUUCCACAGUGAGGAGGUCUGGAGCAGUUUGGUCACAACCAGACCAGAGAGUGUCCAGUCACUGAGUGCAGUGACGGCCGAGGUGAACCUAACAUUGACCUGGUCAAAGCCUGUAGGUCACAAACCAGGCUACAGCUACAGAGUGACCUGGACCAACUCCACUGGGUUAAUCAUCAGUAAUAGAACCACAGCUAUGGAAAACCUGCCCGUCAAUGGAUUGGUCCCUGGGAGUCCGUAUAACUUCACCGUAACAACACAGACCGAUGACGGAACAGAGGGAGCUCCAGUCUCCACCUCCAGCUGCACCAAUGCCAGCCCUGUGUCCAACUUGAAGUGUGCCUCUCCUAAUGACCCCAACGCCAAGCUGAAUCUGUCCUGGACCAAACCCAAAGGACUGCACCAGGGCUUUCAGAUCACUGCUAAGGAAACCAUCCAACUCCCUCAGGGCCAGGUACACAAUAAGACAAUUGGUGACUGUAACCCAGCCUGUGGUCACACAGUCCCUGACCUGAAGCACUAUACAGACUACACCCUGACCGUGACCACUCUGGGCUGUGGGAAAACCAGCACCAUCCAAAGCCUCACCUGCAAGACUGGCAUUACUGUCCCUUCUAUCCCAGCUGACGUUGAGUCCCUAGUCAGGGUCACAUCGAAGGAUCACAACUCCUUCUCUGUACAGCUGACCCCCAGCCUCCUGGACAGCACCAAUGGACCAAUCAAACACUACGGCGUGUUGGUGACCUCAGACAUCAACAAUGUAGAUCAGUCUAACUCAUCGCAGUACUUAGUGAAGACUUAUCAGGACUGGGAAGCAGGCUCUACUACUGCAUACCUGGCUACGGUCAAAGACAACACUAACAACAGCCGGAGGAGGAAACGUGCAGGAAACAUUGACAUUUACAUAGGGGACAAAACCUCAUGGAAGGGCUAUACCAAUGGCCAACUGAAGGCCAAACGAGAGUACAGUUAUGCCAUUGUUUUAUUCACUGAAAUGGUGGUAGAGCAGAAUGGGCUUCUGAACGUCGGUUCGUCACUCGUCGUGAUAACUCUGUUUAACUCAAAUUCAUUGUACCUCCCUCAGGACCCAGUGGUCACCAGUGUGGCUGUCGGGGCAACGCUUGGAGUUUUUGUCAUCCUCGUCAUCAUUACUGCCGGCUUCAUCAUCUACUGGAGGAGACAAAACAAGAAGGACUCUUCAGACAUCCAGAUUCACUCUAUGAGCAGAACCGUUGUUGUGAGGGUGGAGGACUAUGAGGCUUAUUACAAGAAGCAGAGAGCAGACUCCAACUGUGGUUUCGCUGAGGAGUUUGAGGACCUGAAGCUAGUGGGAACAGCCCAAGCAAAAACCAGCGCUUUGGCCAUGGAGAACAAGUCUAAGAACCGCUACAACAAUGUGCUUCCCUAUGAUUCCUCUAGAGUGAAACUGUCCAUCCAUGGAAGUCCAUUUGACGACUACAUCAAUUCUAACUACAUCCCGGGUUACAACUCCAGGAAGGAGUUUAUUGCGGCCCAGGGUCCUUUGCCCGGCACUGUCAACGAGUUCUGGAGGAUGAUCUGGGAGAAGAACGUCCAGACUCUGGUCAUGCUGACACGCUGUAACGAAUCCGCUAAGGUCAAAUGUGAGGAAUACUAUCCAUCUGAGACCAAGCACUUUGAGAAUAUCACCGUGACAACCACCUCUGAGAUCCCCCUAGAAGACUGGACCAUCAGGGACUUUGACAUAAAAAAUGUGAAGACGGUUGAGAUACGCUCAGUACGUCACUUCCACUUCACAGCCUGGCCAGACCACGGCGUCCCCGAGACCACCGAGCUGCUCAUCAACUUCAGACACCUGGUCCGAGAACACAUGGACCAGUACUCACGCACUCCGCCCACCGUCGUCCACUGCAGUGCGGGUGUAGGCCGUACAGGCACCUUCAUAGCCAUCGACCGGCUGAUCUUCCAGAUAGAGAGGGAGAGUAUGGUGGACGUGUACGGCACCAUCCACGACCUGCGCAUGCACCGGCCCCUCAUGGUGCAGACAGAGGAGCAGUAUGUGUUCCUAAACCAGUGUGCCAUGGACAUCAUCCGAUCCAGAACUGGAACCAACGUGGAUUUAAUCUACCAGAACACGGCUGCGCUCACCAUCUACGAGAACGUAGAACCCAGGAAGGAUCCAUCUAAGAAUGGCUACCACAACGCGUAGAGGCCUCUGGUCCACUCAUUCCUCUCUCUAUUCCUCCCCAGUCUUCCUCCACUCCCCUCCUCCAGUAUCAGCCAGACAAGGCCUGUAGAGACGAGCUUAGGAAAGGGAAAGUCUUUUUUUUCAUAGACUCUCACUGUAUUUAUUGAUCUAGUUUUUUGUAGUAUUUAUUUGUUGUGGAAGUAGGAAAAAUAACAAGGGAGGUAACUGUUCAGAGGAACAGACGCACAAUUUUCAUCCAAAGACCAACAAUGGAAUGUACAUACAAUUAUAUUUUAGAGAUGUAAUUCUUAUAUUUCCAUAUUUUUAUAUUGCUGAUACUUUGAAUGUCUGCCUGCUCUCUUAUUGUGAUUGUUGUAGUAUUGCCAAUAUGUUAAGAAUACUUGCUCAGGUAAUAUAUGUGAAAGGAUGUGUGGUUAUACUGUGUGAGAUGUAAAUGAAUACAAAGAUAUAUAUGCACUGUAUAUUAAUAUCAAAUUAAAUGCAGAUCUCGUGUAUUGUUAAAUGGGCCCAAUGUUGUGGUUGCCAUAUAUCUCCAUCUUUAGGUAGGGAUUAGCACCCAACAUAACAAUUAUCCAACAAUUUAAAAAAAAAACUACAAAACAAAAACUCUCCUCUCUUCUGUGCCUUGAUGUGCCCUCCCGAGAGUUUCCACUAGGUGGCGCAAUUAUAUUGUUCUUUAUGUACAAUGACAGGACAAGCACAAUACACCGUUUUAGAGGUGGAAAGGAGAGCUACUCCUGGCAAUAGGCCUAUACAAAUAGUAUCUAGUAUUAGAUAUUUAAAGUCAAAUGUUACACUUUCACUCCAGAGAAUUUGGAUAUCUCAACGAGUUUUAAAACGAGGAGUUUCGUGAGAACCUUUGGGUUUUUAUGCGCUGUUCUGCGUAAAGCACUGGAUGCAUUUACGUUUUUACACUGUAGCUUUUUAAAUUCUCCAAUAGCUGUCUAAGGCUGGUGUACAUAUUCUUGAGGUGAUCAUGAGAAAUGAUUGAGAAACUGCUGUGCGAGCCUGUGGCCCUCCUGACUGUUGAAACCCACUUUGUGCAAUGCGAAAUCACCAUUCACAAAACCUCAGUCUGGCUCAUCUCUCACCCUCAAAAUACUCAUAGGUUACGCAUUGUGAAAUGUUUGCCUACUGCUUGUUGUUGACCUGCUGUAUGUUUCAUAGAAAGGGGCUCAUGUAAUGCUUUGCUUAAUGUCUAUUGGUGAUGUUUCUAUCAUAGGAGCAGGAAAAGGUUUGCAGUCAUUGGGACGGCAGUUUUCCAUGAGACAAUUUGCCCUUUUUGGAAAUAUGUGGUUAUAUAUACAUGAAUUCAUGGGCCCUGUCCAGAAACAACCUCUACUCCCUAGAUCAGAAAGAAUUGGAUUGGUAAAAGCUUUUUUACCUAGCUUUUCCGAUAGUGAUAUUCUUGGUGGAUUCUUUUUGUCAAAACUACAUAAAUAUCUAUAAAUGGCUUGGGAAUAAGGGGUGUUUCUGGAUAUAGGUCAUAGAUUUACAGGUCAGCUGUGGUUGAAUUUAAAGCCACUCUCCUGAUAUUGUUGUACUGUCUUUGUAUCAUAAUGUACAUUGCUGACUCCGCAAAUAGUCUUCCUCAGAGUUUUAGGAAGUUUUAUGGAGUGGUGUAGGAAUUGUGUUACAAUGCUGUGAUACACUAUGUGAUGCUUGCUGGUACAAUGCAGAGGAGGAAAAGGUAAAGAUGUUCUAUUUGUAUCCUUCCGUCUGUCGAUCCUGGGAUUAAAGAUGUUGCACUCUUUUCUCUCUA